GUUUAGUGAAAGAGAGAUGAAAAGCUUAAAGCUUUAAACAGAGCAAAGUACCAGUCUUUUUGUAUAAACAAUCAAUCUCUCGCUUCUUCUUCUUUCAGAUCCCACCAACUAUAGAUUCUAUUUUGGUUCUUUGGGUCUUGCUGAAAGUUUCUGAUUUGCUCAAUUCGUCGAGUUCGCCGUUCGAAAUCCCAGUGAAAUGCGUGGCCUUGAUCGAUGGUUAGCUGACGCAGUCAGAUCAGGUUCAUUGGAUCACAGUAGUCAAAUCCUCGCCGGAGGAUUGUUUCUCGACGAAUCUGCUCCUUCCUCGUCUGUCUCCUUUGUCUCCUCUAAGGAUUGUUCCGUCAAUUCGUGUCGAUUUAUCCGAAAGUCGAGUUUUUUGAAGUUUAGGAGACGAAACGGGACAAGGGAACCUCCUCUGUUUUGUUCUGUCAGUUUAUCGAUAAAUGGUGACGAAGAAGAAGGUGAAGGGUACAAUAAUGGCCGAAACGGUUAUAAAGCGGAGAAAGACUCUGUGUUGAUCGGUGGUGGUCAAAAGGCGACGGAGAAUCUUAGGGUUAAGGGAAAUGGAACUGGAGCUCUCAACACAACCAAGCAUUUGUGGGCUGGAGCUUUUGCAGCUAUGGUUUCAAGAACUUGCAUUGCGCCUCUUGAGCGGAUGAAGCUAGAAUACAUUGUUCGCGGGGAGCAAGGGAAUCUUCUUCAACUCAUUCAGAGGAUUGCUACAACUGAAGGGAUCAGAGGAUUUUGGAAAGGGAAUUUGGUUAAUAUUCUCAGAACUGCUCCGUUUAAGUCAAUCAAUUUCUACGCAUAUGAUACAUAUAGAGGUCAGCUUCUGAAAUUGUCUGGGAACGAAGAAACUACAAAUUUUGAAAGGUUUGUUGCUGGUGCGGCUGCUGGAGUAACAGCUAGCUUGCUUUGUCUACCACUUGAUACCAUAAGAACGGUUAUGGUGGCACCCGGUGGAGAGGCAUUAGGUGGUGUAGUUGGUGCAUUCCGUCAUAUGAUUCAAACCGAAGGUUUCUUUUCCCUAUACAAAGGUCUUGUGCCUUCACUUGUUAGUAUGGCUCCAUCAGGAGCUGUGUUCUACGGUGUCUAUGAUAUUUUAAAAUCAGCUUACCUUCAUACACCGGAAGGUAAGAAACGGCUUGAACACAUGAAACAAGAAGGUGAAGAACUUAACGCUUUUGAUCAACUCGAGCUUGGUCCCAUGAGAACUUUGUUAUAUGGAGCAAUCGCAGGGGCUUGCUCAGAAGCAGCAACUUAUCCGUUUGAAGUUGUGAGAAGGCGUUUACAAAUGCAGUCACAUGCCAAAAAGUUAAGCGCGGUGGCUACUUGUGUGAAGAUUAUUGAACAAGGAGGUGUUCCUGCUCUAUAUGCUGGCUUGAUUCCCAGCUUAUUGCAGGUUUUGCCUUCCGCUGCCAUCAGUUACUUUGUUUACGAGUUCAUGAAAGUUGUCCUGAAAGUUGAAUCAGCACAAGGCAAUAAGCAAAGUUGUCCUGAAAGUUGAAUCAGCACAAGGCAAUAAGCAAUGAGAAAGGACACGAUUACUGGGCUUGUUGCAGAAGUUGCUUCAGAGUUUUUUCGUUUUUUUUUGGUUUACACUGAUCCUUUGGAGUUUUUUUUUCCCUUUUUUUACAAUAACAGAUAGGUUGUGAAACGUUUUUUUUGCAAGAAAUAAUAAGUAAUAUGGUUUGCUGUGUUCUCUGAUAUAUUAAAGCUAGCUCGUACAACAA